CUUUUUCUGUCUAACAGCCAGUAUGCAGAUAAAAGGAUAGUCCAUGGAAAUAGCUGGACACUGUCCGCAGCACCAUGAUCGGUAGCUGGUGGAGCAGUGAGCCGGUGACCCACGGGCUUGUGGCUCUGUUCGCCAUGGGGUCCUGGAUUUCUGUCAACAGUCUGUGGGUCGAGCUCCCGGUGGUAGUCAACGUGCUGCACGAAGGCUGGAAUCUGCCUGCCUAUAUUUCAGUGCUGAUAGCAUUUGGGAACAUUGGUCCAGUGGCAGUGACUAUCACUCACCACUGUGCUCCGGGGCGUUUAAACGAACGCAUCGUCAUCCACUGCAUCCAGGCGCUGGCCGUGGUGUCCUCCGCUCUUCUGGCUGUCUUCUGGUCACACACCCUCACAAUAGCUGGAGAAGAAAGGUCACUGCCUUUCCUGCUCUUCACCUUUCUGCUGUCUUUUGUUUGCUGCACGUCCAACGUCACCUUCCUGCCUUUCAUGUUUAGUUACCCUCGACAGUAUAUUCGUACGUUCUUCAUCGGUCAGGGCCUCAGUGCCUUGGUCCCUUGUGUUGUGGCCUUAGGGCAAGGCGUUGGCAAGCUGGAGUGUAAAACCGUGAAUGGCACAGUGCAUCCAGAAUAUUUAAAAGAGAACUUUCCUGCACAGAACUUCUUCUGGUCCUUGUUUGUCAUGCUGUCAAUCUCAGCUCUGAGUUUCCAGGCUUUAAUGCGAAGACAGGUAAAGUCAAAGGAAGAUGCACCUGCACUGGAGUCAGAAAAUGCAGCACCGGUGAAAAACGGAAUGGAAUCUGACCUGCUACAGAACGGAGGAACACCGGUGUCUGAGGAGCUGGUGCAGAUUGAGGAAGUGCCACAGACAUUUUGGACAAAGAGGAACAUCUACCUGCUGUUUCUGCUCGCCAUCUCAAACGCCCUCACCAACGGCGUGCUGCCCUCUGUGCAGAGCUUCACCUGCUUGCCUUACGGGACCAUGACCUUUCACCUCUCUGUCGUCCUUGGCAACAUAGCCAACCCCCUGGCCUGCUUUGUAGCAAUGUUUGUUGUUUUAAGGUCCUCCACUGGUCUCAGCUUCCUGUCUAUCGGGGGGAUUGCGUUUGCUUCAUAUCUCAUGGCGUUGGCAGCAGUCAGCCCCUGUCCUCCACUCCGGGAAAACUCUGCAGGAGGGGCUUUAGUGGUCAUCUCCUGGAUUGUUUUCACCGGCCUCCUCUCCUAUGUGAAGGUGGCAAUCGGGACUUUGCUUCACGAGGCGGGUCACUCGGCCCUGCUGUGGUGCGGCAUCUCCAUCCAGGCUGGCUCACUGAUCGGAGCCCUCACCAUGUUCCCCCUCAUCAACAUCUAUCAAGUGUUUGAUCAGGGCCAAGAUUGCGUGAAUAAAUGCUGACUGCAGGAGUGAGAAAUGUAAGGUUUUAUAUAGGCUCAAUUCCCAGUUAUACGUAACAGAACGACUACUUUAACACAGUUUUCGCGGCUCAGGAGUGAAUAAUCUUCUUUUCUAGUGAUGAAGCAUCCUCUCCUGAUCCAGAAGCAUCUGAGCCUGUGACAACAUUCCCAGAUAAUGGAAGCUUUGUACGCUGCACAUUGGCCAGGGGGAAGUAAAAAGCGUAUGAUGCCUUUCCACCACAAGUGCUUUGUGUGGUGGUUUGAAUCCUUCUAGUUGUUUACUGUUGCAAAAACAGCAGCUGAUAUUUUCACAACACAACAGUCCAUGGGAAAAGCUCUUUACUCAGGUACACAAUCACUAACUUAUUCAUUUACAUGUGGUGCUCCUAAAUAUAAUACAUAUUUACACUGUUAGUUGCCUAUUACAGUCCCUUCCAUACAAGAAGUAUUUUACAUUAAUCUUUUUUUAUUUACAUGACUUUUUUCAAAAUGUUGCCUACCUCUUUGUUUUUGAUUCCUGUGAAGCACAUGAUGCCUUUUGGUCUGAUAUACAAUUUAGUAUUGCUGAAGCCGGCAGUAUGAAACGUUCAUAUAUUUGUAAUGAAGUGACAUAAACAGUUUCAUAAAUGAAGUGCUAUUACUUAGAUUUCACGCCAAAGUGAUUUUUGCUAUGUUAACUUUUCAAAAGAAGGUUCUCCUAAUUGGAAUUUUCCUUAUCACUUGAAAAUGUUUCAUAAUGCUUUAUAUGUUGGAAUACUAGUUUAUUUACUAUUAUUUUUGAUUGUCAUUACUUCCAAAUGUACAGUGAUGUUGUGUUACCUUAAGGGAACAAUAGCUGGCUUUGAUGGGGAGUAAAGAGAUGCAGUUUCAGGAAACCAUGGAUUCUCUCAUCCCAGUCACUAAAUUGACAAUAAUUGAUAUCUUUGGUACGCAUAAAUUCCUUGUAAGGUAGUUGUUUCAACUAUGCUGCUACAGUAAAUCUCAUUUAAUAACUUCAUUAACUCUACAGAAGUUUACAGAGGAAGAAUAUUUGUUAAUGUUGCCUCAACUUUAUGGUUGCAAUCCCAUAGAGUAAUCCUGCAUUUUUAAUAUAUUAAUAAUCGGUUUGAUUCUUUGCCAUCUUUAAAAAAAUGUUUUGAAAGUUCAAUUAUGUUUUUUUAUGUAUUUUUCUUCAUAUCUGGUGAUUUUUUGUUGAUUUUCUUAUUUGAGUUGAUAUUCAAAUGGCUGAAACGUUUAUUAUGAAGA